GCGGUUGCUCGCCAUGAACGUGAAGGGUCAGCGCAGCAGCAGGGUAUCAGCACAUGAGCAAGUCGUCAGCGCAUCGCUUGAGUUCAGACUGACUCGGCGGAGUGACAACUAGUCGUUGAGGAUGACCUUCAGGGAGUGCGCCGGGAAGAUUGCGCGGAAGAAGACGAGGGGGACGAGUGGGAAGAGCCACAAUAGACAAAGGAAUCAGAGGGAGAAGGAGAACGAGGAGGUGGCGGUGGUGGAACGGAAGUAGAGGAGGCGGCAAGAGAAAUGAUUUGGAUGAGGGUAAGGGGGAGUGGGGCGGUCGGAGAGGAGGAAUAGGAGGAAGAAGAGCGAGGGGGAGGAGACUCAGGAGAGGAGGGAAGAGAAGUAACGGUGAGGAAGACAAAAGGGACAAGAAGAGGGACAGGACGCCACAAAGGGACAGGGAGCGGCAGGAAAGGACAGAGAGCUUGUGAAAGUGAAAAGAGGGCGAGAAGAGAGCAGAAGUGGCACGAGAGAGGGCGGGGGGAGGAGGAGAAUUGGGAGAAAGAGUGAGUAACGUAUUGCGAACGUGGUCGAAGCGAGGAAGGGGACGACGCGAGGUCUCGCGCGGGGGCCGUCUUGACAAGUUGUAGCUGGUAGUUGGGGAGUUUUAUCGUACACCUCGCCGUCUUCUGUGUCUUCCGUUCUGCCUUUGCUGUCUCGCGCUUAUGUUUUGACUGUCGCAAUGAUGGGAUUCGACUGCCGGGAUCGCAGACUCCGAAUUAGGAAAGCUUAGUAGGUGGACGGGAUAGUAAUAAUAGGGACCUCGUCCCCCUUCUGGGUACUUGUUUGCCUCUGCUGUCGGGAUUCCCCUCUGACGUCCAUAUCCUGACCGCCCUGCGUGUGUGCGCGUCGUCGGCGCGUGUCCUUCUCCUUGUCCAUCUCCCUCGUCCUUAUCCUCUGUCUCUCUGUCUCUACUCUCCCACCCCUCCCGCUCUCUCUCUGUCCUUCCCUCCCCUUUCCGUUCAUUCCUUGAGUGCUCGGUCGUUGAUCUGACUGGCUGCCUCCUGUUCGUGCACUCUCUUCUCCAUCCCUCUCGUCGGUAUCCCUGUCCUUCGUAGACCAGCACACGGAGGGUCCCCCCUAAUUCCAUCUCUCUCCUAUCCCGAUCAUAUCUUUCCCUCUUUUCUUAGCCAUUUGUCUCCCUCCUCGUUACGGUUUCCCGCCAUCUGCCCUCGCUGCUCCCCGGCAUCUGUCCUCUUCAGUUCCCGCCAUCUGUCUCCUCGCGGCAGUUCCCGCCAUCUGUCUCCUCGCGCCAAUUCCUGCCAUCUGCCUGCCUCCUCGCGCCAGUUCCCGCCAUCUGUCGCCUUGCGCCAGUUCCCGCCAUCUGUCGCCUCGGGCCAGCCGCGCCAUCUGUCUUACUGCCAUCGCUGUUUUCUUCUACCAAUUACCUACGGCGCCAGAACCCGCUAUCGCUUCGACAGGUGUUGAGCUAAUCAAGACUCCUCGGAUUGGUCAAGAUGAUUUCGUUGCAAAACGCGUUAAUUCCAUAUCAAGGCCACGGGCUGUACAUGCGAGACCAGAUCAAGACGGAAGACGACGACCGCUUCAUCUUUCCGCACGCUACGCAAUCGCCGUCGGACGGGAGCGAAGUAACUUCCGUUACCAGCGAUGACUCGCUAUUCAAUCUGGCGCAUCAGGAGUACAAAAAUAGGCAUUAUGCAGAGGCACUCCAAUUCUGCCUGCGCGUGUAUGAGCACAGUCCGAAGAGAACGGAUGUGCUGCUGCUCCUUGGAGCCAUCUACUACCAGCUCCAACAAUAUGACCAAUGCAUUGCCAAGAAUGAUGAAGCUAUUCGGCUUGACCCGAGGUUCGCCGAGUGCUAUGGGAACAAGGCCAAUGCGCUCAAGGAGAAAGGCGAUGUUGAUCUUGCCAUCCAUUUUUACCUGACAGCCAUUCAGCUGCGCCCUGCAUUCUGUGAUGCCUGGUCGAAUCUGGCGAGCGCGUAUAUGCGGAAGGGCAUGCUCCAGCAGGCAGCGGAUUGCUGUCAGCGUGCUUUGCAACUUAAUCCAAAUCUGGUUGAUGCUCACAGCAAUCUUGGAAACCUCUUGAAAGCGCAGGGCCUCCCACAGCAUGCAUAUUAUUGCUAUAUGAAGGCACUUACUAUCCAGCCAGACUUUGCAAUUGCAUGGUCGAACCUGGGGGGCCUAUUCAUGGAAGCUAUGGAUUUUCAGGCGGCCCUCGGGUAUUACAAGGAGGCGAUUCGCCUGAAGCCCGAUUUCGCUGAUGCACACCUGAAUCAAGGGAAUGUCUUGAAGGCCUUGGGUCAACCUCAGGAAGCAAUAGCAUGCUAUCAGCGAGCUCUUGAACUGCGACCGGACUUUGCGAUUGCAUAUGGGAAUCUUGCAAGCGUCUACUAUGAGCAAGGGCACAUCAAUCUGGCGAUUGAUAAUUACGGCAAAGCGAUCCAAUUGGACAGCACAUUUUUGGAGGCAUACAAUAAUCUGGGCAAUGCACUGAAGGAUGUGGGUCGCUCGCACGAGGCAACAGUAUGCUAUCGGAGAUGCCUUGAACUGGAUCCAAAUCAUCCCCAAGCUUUGACGAAUCUUGGCAACAUGUACAUGGAAUCGAACAUGACGAAAGAAGCACAGAGUUAUUAUUUGCGAACACUAAUGGUGACGAAAGGACUUUCAGCGCCAUACAGCAAUCUGGCGACAAUCUACAAGCUGCAGGGCCGGUUCGAAGAUGCAAUCGAGUGUUACAACCAUGUCAUUCGGAUCGAUCCACUUGCAGCAGAGCCUCUUGUCAACAGGGGGAACACACUGAAGGAUAUGGGAAAGAUCUCGGAAGCAAUCAAUGACUAUCUUGCAGCUGUCAGAGUCAGGCCCACCAUUCCUGAGGGCCAUGCGAAUCUUGCGUCAGCAUACAAAGACAGUGGUCUGCCGGAGAUGGCCAUCAAGUCUUAUCAGGAUGCACUUAGUUUGAAACCAGACUUCCCAGAGGCCUAUUGCAAUCUUCUGCAUACUCUCCAGGGUGUCUGUGACUGGGAGGACCGAGACGAGAAAUUCGCUCAGCUGGAAGAAGUGGUUCGGAAGCAGAUCAAGAUGGAUGUUCUACCUAGCAUGCAGCCAUUCCAUGCAAUUGCGUACCCGAUUGAUGCACUGCUGGCUCUGGAGGUCAGCAUGAAAUAUGCAGACCACUGUUUGAAAAAUGUUGCAGCCUAUCAGCUGCCACCAUUCGAGCAUCCAUUACCGAUCCCUGUGAAAGCUCCUGGAGGAAGCGGUCGACUGCGAGUAGGCUACGUGAGCAGCGACUUUGGCAAUCAUCCUCUCUCACACCUGAUGGGAUCGGUGUUUGGACUCCAUGACAGUAAAAGGGUGGAGGCAUUUUGCUAUGCGUUGAGCCCAAGUGACAGGAGUGAGUGGCGAGAGCGAAUACAGACAGAAGCGGAACAUUUCCUUGAUGUAUCGAGUCUGGAUGCGGCCGCAAUUGCUCGUCGGAUCCAAUCAGAUGGAAUCCAGAUUCUAGUGAACUUGAACGGUUACACAAAGGGAGCACGCAAUGAGAUCUUUGCACUGCAACCGGCACCGAUUCAAGUGUCAUAUAUGGGAUUUCCAUCAACGACUGGUGCCUCCUACAUCCAGUACCUUAUAACCGACGAGAUCGUAUCUCCACCAAGAUAUGCACACUACUACUCUGAGAAGCUGGCUUACCUGCCGCACUGCUACUUCGUUAAUGACUACAAACGGUGCAAUAUGGAUGUAUUGGACGCGAACAAACUUCCGAAGCGUUCCGACUAUGGUCUUCCAGAAGACAGAGUGCUGUACUGCUGCUUCAAUCAGCUUUACAAGACAGAUCCAAAUAUUUUUGCCAGAUGGUGUAACAUCUUGAAGCGUGUGCCGAACAGCGCCUUGUGGCUUCUGCGAUUCCCAGAGUCCGGAGAGAGCAGAUUACGUGCAGCGGCCAUGCUGCAUGGCGUGAAAGCGGACCAGCUGUACUUUACAGAUGUUGCCUUGAAGCCUGAUCAUCUGAAGCGCAGUGCCCUGGGUGAUGUUUUCCUCGACACCCCUCUUUGCAAUGCACACACAACAGGGACAGAUGUUCUCUGGGCUGGGUGCCCGAUGGUGACAUUGCCUCUUGAGAAGAUGGCUACUCGCGUUGCAUCGUCCUUAUGCAUCGCGGCAGGAUUGAAAGAGUGUGUGGUUUCAAGUGAGGAAGAGUAUGAAGAAAGAGCAGUUAUGCUUGGGCUGAAUGCGGAUUUCCGGUAUUUGCUGAAGAGGAAACUGAGGAAUGGGAGGCUCACAUGUCCACUGUUUGAUACACAGCGAUGGGUUUGCAACCUGGAGAGAGUUCUAUUCAACAUGUGGAGACUGCAUUGUAAUUGUGAACCACCUCAGUCAUUUAAGGUCACCGAGGACGAGGAAGCCUUCCCACGAGAGUGAUGUCACUGGAGGCUGGAUGCCCGUGCUUGUCCACAGCACAUUGUGAAGGGUCCUUGCUUGCUGAUGGUGUGUGUUUGCUAGUUUUCAGGUGGGCUGUCAAGCAUGUAGGAUGGGGCUGUGUUGGGAAACAGGUGGUGAUCUUGAGAAGCGAGAUGGCAGACACUGGUGUGUGUUUGCUAGUUUUCAGGUGGGCUGUCAAGCAUGAAGGACGGGGCUGCGUUGGGGAACAGGUGGUGAUCUUGAGAAGCGAGAUGGCAGACACUGGGGGAAUGUCCAGAACGAGGGGUGAUUUCCAAACUCGUCCGCUAACUGCCAGCAGAACCCGUGUAAGUGGCUUCAACUUGUACAGUCUUUUAUCCCUUAUGGAUCAAAGACAGGAUAAACUGCUGAAGACAUU